AUGUCUGACUCCGCCGCAACGCAGAAGCUUGAUGAAACCAAGCAGCAGGCCACAGAGCCGCAGGCACAGCAGAAGACAGACCAAAAGCCCGACGAGAAAGAGCAAGCCGAACAUGACAAGAAACUCGCCAUCAGAAUGGCAGAUUGCAUCCAGCAAUCGCUUGACAAGAUCCAGCCCAUCCUGAAGAUGAUCACAGAGGUGCGUACGAACAUACAACUGGAUUAG